UAUCCGAACCCAGAACUUCAUGAUUCAAAAGUAAUAGUGUUUGUCACGAAGAUCGCCACUUGCAGUAUUUAUUGGAUUCCUGAUAGAAAUUAAUGAAGUCUUCAACUCUCAUUUAUCUGAUAUCCAUUGCCAAACAAAGGUAUUUUUUUUAGGGUCGCCAAAUAAAAUAUUUAUUUUAUUAAAAAAAAUUGUUACGAGCUGCGAGUUUUAUGAGAAGAAAUUAAUCAUUUAACGGCUAAAAUUUUUAAGUUAGUAAUCUACCUGACAAAGUGGACUGAAGAACACAGAUCGCACUUGGGUCGCGAGAUGGCGGCAGCCAAUCCCAAAGAAGUAAUGGACGCCAUCACGCUGCUCAGGCGGAGCAGAGGCUCCACCACGCAGGAGAUCGCCCGGUUCCUCAGCCGCAACCACCUGGUGGCCCCGAGGGCAACGGCCGACGCCUGACGCUGGCAGAGCUGCGCUCCAUGGGCCUCGUGAGCCGCAGACACCGCCGCUACCAGGUCAACACGCUGCCCCCGCAGCCGCGCCUGCUGCUCUCGGUGACAGUCAAGCCGAGGAGACGGUCUCCCGGGCGCACUGCUUCUGCCACGAGACAUCCCAGGGGGACUCCGAGGAGAGAGUCCAGGAGGAGGCACUUCAGGAGCACUUCUCCAAGGAGACAUUCCAGGAGGAGGACCUUCGGGAACACUUCUCCAAGGAGAGAGUCCAGGAGGAGGCACUUCAGGAGCACGUCUCCAAGGAGACAUUCCAGGAGGAGGCACUUCAGGAGCACGUCUCCAAGGAGACAUUCCAGGAGAAGGACCUUCGGGAACACUUCUCCAAGGAGAGAGUCCAGGAGGAGGCACUUCAGGAGCACGUCUCCAAGGAGACAUUCCAGGAGGAGGACCUUCGGGAACACUUCUCCAAGGAGAGAGUCCAGGAGGAGGCACUUCAGGAGCACGUCUCCAAGGAGACAUUCCAGGAGGAGGCACUUCAGGAGCACGUCUCCAAGGAGACAUUCCAGGAGGAGGACCUUCGGGAACACUUCUCCAAGGAGAGAGUCCAGGAGGAGGCACUUCAGGAGCACUUCUCCAAGGAGAGAGUCCAGGAGGAGGCACUUCAGGAGCACUUCUCCAAGGAGAGAGUCCAGGAGGAGGCACUUCAGGAGCACUUCUCCAAGGAGACAUUACAUGAGGAGGAUCUUCAGGAACACUUCUCCAAGGAGAGAGUCCAGGAGGAGGCACUUCAGGAGCACUUCUCCAAGGAGAGAGUCCAGGAGGAGGCACUUCAGGAGCACUUCUCCAAGGAGAGAGUCCAGGAGGAGGCACUUCAGGAGCACGUCUCCAAGGAGAGAGUCCAGGAGGAGGCACUUCAGGAGCACUUCUCCAAGGAGACAUUACAUGAGGAGGACCUUCAGGAACACUUCUCCAAGGAGAGAGUCCAGGAGGAGGCACUUCAGGAGCACUUCUCCAAGGAGAGAGUCCAGGAGGAGGCACUUCAGGAGCACGUCUCCAGGGAGACAUUCCAGGAGGAGGUCCAGGAGCACAAAACCUCCAAGGAGGUAUUCCAGGAGAAGGUCCAGGAGCAUAAUGUCUCAAAUGAGGUAUUUAUGGAGGAGGUUCAGGAGCGCCAUUUCUUUCAGAAGAAGCUCUGCAAGCAGGCGCUGCAGUAGAAGGUGGAGUUCCGUCGAGGAACGCUACACGAGGAGCGGCAGGAGCACAAGGGUGAGGACACCCUCCAAGACGCGCGUGUACGUGCUCAGGGGACCGGAGUCGUGAGGACCACGAGGUCUUUCCCUGAAUCUCACUUGUGUAUGUUUCGCUAGAUGUGUCGGUCGGACAAAUUUUAUUGCCAUUUAGCCUUUAUACACGUCUUUAAGCUUUACAUUCUGUGAUUUUUUUAUGGCAUUUUUGAAGCAAAAUGUAUACAAUUUUAA